AUGGAUGAACAGCGGUGGGCGACCGCCACCACCACCUCCGUGACGGUGCUUGCCUUUCUGUGUGUUGUGCUGCGGAUCGUUUCUCGACUGGAACGUAAGCAGAAACUCUGGUGGGAUGACUGGAUGAUCAUCUUUUCCAUGGGGUGGAACUUCGUCGUGGUCGGCUUCAUCUAUGCCAUGAUCCACGAAGGCAUGGGCAUCCACGCCGACCAAUUACCGACUGGACAAGUCAUCCUGAUCGCCAAGUUCCUGGUCGUGGCCGAGAUCCUCUACGUCUUCAACCUGGUCUGGACCAAGCUCAGCAUUCUGCUGAUGUACUAUCGCAUCUUCCGCUUUGCCUACUUCAAACGCUGGGCCUAUAUCAUCGGCACCUUUGUGAUCUGCUGGGUCAUCUGCAUCACCUUCCUGUUCAUCUUCAUCUGCGUCCCCGUGCAGAAACUCUGGUACCCGAGUCUCCCCGGCCACUGCAUCUCCCAGGUCGGCACCUGGAUCGCCAAUGCCACCUCGACCAUCGCCACCGAUCUGGUGAUCCUCUUCCUCCCACUACCCCAAGUCUGGAAGCUGCAGCUCCGCCUGUCUGAGAAGGUGGCCUUGACCAUCGCAUUUGGCCUAGGGUUCUUCGUGGUCUUCGCCUCGGCCUACCGCUUCAGCGUCCUCUUCUCCUACACCGCCGCCGACAGCUCCUACACCCUGGCCCCGACCGUCGGCUGGACCGCGAUCGAGAUGUCGGCCGGCAUUGUCUCCGCCUGCUUGCCGACCAUCCGGCCCGCGCUGCAACUCGCCGCCCGCACGAUGGGCAUCCAAGCCGUCAUGCCCGCCAUCUUCCGGAGCACCGGCCACUCCGCCAACCACCUCUCCUCCAAAUCCGAGGCCACUCAGCUGGGCAGUCGUUUCGCCGCGGGCGAUAUCCCACUUUCCACGGGUGGCGGCGGCGGCGGCGGCGAUGGGGGCACGUCCUCCUCCCGCCCCGUCGUCCGCCAUUCGUUCUACCAUCUCCCCGACGAGGGCGAGCUGUCCGAGAUCGACAGCGUCCCGUUGAAGAUGGAGGUGUCGCUGCGGCCGAAGCAUGAUCGGGGCCAGACGGUCACCAAGAUCCGCGGGCGGACGAGCGUGGCGUCCGGGGAGGACGAUCUCUUGCCGCUGCAUGGGAUCCGCGUGCAGAAGGACUUUAGGCAGGAUGGGUAG